AUGGCCGGCAGAGAAGCCGAAGGAGCCCAGCCACAGGUAGAUGGGGGAAGUCCCGCUUCUCCACCCGCUGCUUCCACGGGGCUCCCGUGCAGGACGCGUCCGCUUGCAAACCGACCGACGGGCAGUUGCCGGCGCUGCGCUUCUGGCCGGUGCAAACUCCGGGAGCGUCCCGUGGGCGCUGGGCCUUUCUCCAUGGAAAUCAGCUUGGAGGAUAUAGAAAUUAUCUUCUCCGAAGAGGAGUGGCGGUUGCUAACCAACGAGCAGAAGAAGCUGUACUGGAAAACUUUGGAAGAAAAUUACAAGUCUUUUCUUUUUGUUGGUGGACGAUGCCCUUUUGACCCAGCAGAAAUCUUCACUUGGAUUCAUAACAACAAACAUCUGAACAUCCGACUCUUAAGCCGUCCUCGUAGAAUCCUUUCUGUAGAUAAAGAGCAACCCCAAAUGGACAGAGACCAUUUUCCUAAGCAAGGGGCCCCUCUCAACAGCACCUAUAAACAAGAGGACAUGGACUAUAUGGCUGCCGAGGGGCAUCCUGAACAACGUGGUAUAUCGGCCACUGAACAGGGACGCCUGCCCGAUUCUGGUGGACAGUUACAGACAGAAUCGAUGCAGCAGGCUUCAGGUGGUGCAAGUGCAGAGGUCAACAUACGGCCGUGCUAUGUCUUGGUUUCUUCCUGUACCCUUGCCUGUUAUGGUGCCAACCAGGUCCGCCAAGCUGCCGAGCUGCCGUCUCACCCGAUGGUGAACCUGCCCCAGCAUAAUUUUGCCAUGGGUUCAGGACGCCUUGUGGAGGAAAUGCGGUGUGCGGAUGCCAUUUGCAAUGAAAAUCGUGCGGAUUUGCGCUGGCAGGCUGCAGCGGCGCCACCUCCGGCAUGGGGCACAAGGAAUGUGCCGGCUACUCGCCCGUUUCCCCUGGCAGUCCCCACUGAGGAGAGAAAAGUCUUCCGUUGUGCUUGGUGCAGGGAACCGUUCAGCCUGCAGAUGAACUUGGAAGUGCAUUAUAGGUAUUGUCGUUGCAGGCAAGAGCAACCGAAGCUGCUCUUGCAAGCCCUGAAGGCUCCCUGUGGGAUAGAAGCACGUAGCUCAAGCAGCACAGGGAAUCCGGCAGGUCCCGUCCUCCUCCCACCAGCACCUGUCCAAUGCCCAGUGCCCAACGAUAACAAGGGGACCACCUCGCAUUUUAGACCAUGGCUGACUCCUCAACAGGUUAAAAACAAGGAUCUCUUCACUGCCCGCACAGGUACCACUGAGAGAGUCCGUAGUAUGAUGGCGACAGCCUCUGCAAUGAAGAAGCUGUGGCGGUGUACGGAAUGCGAGGAAAAGUUUGUGUACAAGUGGCAAUUCUUGGCUCACAUGCAAGAUUGCAAGAGAGAUGUGCAUGAGGAAACCCCCCCGGCCCCAGGGCCCCAGGGCCUUGCUCCAACAGAGGGGCUCCCUGAAAGUGCCGAAACACAAGAGCCAAGCGUCGAACCGCCCGUGCUUCCGAGCACUUCUAAAGAGCAGGAGCAAUGUCCAUGCGACCAAUGUGGCAAGAAUUUUAGCAAGUGUUACAUAGCCACGCAUCGUGCCUUCCACAGGGGCCAAAAGUACAGGUGUCUGUGGUGCGGGAAGGUCUUCAACUUCCGGAGCGCGGCAGUGAGACACAAGAAGACGCACUACAAGUAUACUGAAAACCUCGAAUAUGGCACGCAACCUGACGACAAAGAUUGCAUGUGCAUGAUUAAAAAAAUCACCGUUCCUCCCGAUUCGGAAGAUGAGGAGCAACCUCAGCCGGAGGAGCCCAAGUAG